UUUCAUUAAUUCUUGGGAAAAUAGGUAAAUAUAUACGGUAUUCCCGCAACUCCAUUUGCCUCGCCGUCCCAAAUCCUCCCUCCCCGAAAGCACAAACACAAAGAACUACACAAGGCGCGAGAUCUCACAAAGCAGCAAACACAAAGCACAAAACACAACGCAGCAAAUACAACAAGCAAAUCACCCCAACAAAGCCAAGACGAUACGAUGAGCGAGGACAAUGGCAACGGCAACGGCAACGACAAUGAAGAGGAACCCACCAUUUUGGAGAUUGUUGCUAAGAGAGCUAGGCGGUGGCAGUUAGAAGAAGAGGCACACAGUGCCUUGGAAGGGAAUCACAUUUCGGUGUUGGUAGGAACCGGCAACAAUACCGAUGCUGCCCAAUUGGACAAGGAAGGAGAAGCUCUGGAUUUUAUAAGAGGCAGUAUUGUCAAGGAUGUACCAAGAACUUGCCGUGCUGUGGACCAGCACAAGAAGGGACAGCAGAUGCACAAACAUCAGCACGUCAUAACUACAGAUGAAUACCCGGAUAUCAUCCCAGGAGCAUAUGCCCAAGCAGGCACUGGAACAGAUGAGGAGAAUCCAGUUGUUCAGCAACGCCGUCCACCACAAGAACAGCUUCAGAAUCGUAUGCCUGCUGCCGAGAACGGGACCGAUGGUUUGGCAGUGGCCAAUCCGGUCCAAGGACAGGAUGUCCACAAUCCCAUAGACUUACCAACAGCACAAGACUACAAUUUUGAAGCAUCCAGACAACGAAAUGAGAAGACUGUUGCUUUCAAACGGAACAUUCUACUGGCAGUUAUUUUGAUGAUUGCUCUCAUUGCGGUCUUGGUUGCUGCUUUGUGCAAACCAACCAACCCAAGCUAUGUUAUUGUCAUCGACGACACUAUGCAUCCAACUUCCAGCCCCUCUCCAGCCCCAACGUCCACACUUUCCUUUGAAGACCACGUGUUGUCCUUGCUACCAGAUCACUCCAUUGGGGAUAUUCAGAAUCCCCAGUCAUCACAGUUCAAGGCCCUUCACUGGAUCCUUGACGGUGACACAACCUUGCCAAAUGAGCGGAUCCAGCAGCGUUUUGCUCUGGCCACACUCUAUCAUUCCACAUCGGGAGAAAAGUGGGCAGAAAACUCCAACUGGCUCAACCACAGUGUCCAUGAGUGUGCUUGGUAUAACAAGAACAACUUUGCCAGCAAGGAUACUCUUCAGUAUGUCUAUCCUGGGUAUUUGGCUAAUUUUGAACCUCCCAUGCCCACAUCGUGUGAUUCCAAUGGCCAUUACACCAAUCUAUGGCUGGACCAAAAUAAUCUUGUUGGCCAGCUGCCACGAGAGCUGUAUCUAUUAACCUCUCUUCAAACAGUCUCAUUGGCAAUGAACCCAGGAUUGCAGGGGAGCACCAUCUCCACUCAUAUUGGCCACCUGCAAGAUCUACGUGGAUUGGUCAUGUUCGAGAUUAUGCUUGGCGGUACCGUGCCCACAGAAAUUGGUCUCUUGACUCAACUACAAGUUUUUGGUGUGAACAAUAAUCUCCUGGAGGGUCGAAUUCCCAAUGAAAUUUGGCAACUCACGAAGCUUCAAACACUAUCCUUCACUGACAAUCCGAACUUGCGUGGAAGCAUUCCAUCUGCCAUAGGUGCUUUGUCCAAUUUGAGGUGGUUAGUAAUGCUAUGCGAUUUGACUGGCACGAUUCCCACAGAGGUUGGGCUACUAUCUUCUCUUGAAUGGUUUGCCUUGGGAGACAACCGACUAACUGGGACACUACCUGUAGAACUUUCCUUGCUCUCAAAUCUGGUGCUGCUCUCUGUGAUUAACAACUCCCUUGAGGGCACAAUACCUAGUGAACUGGGGCUUCUGACAUCUUGCACAGUCCUUUCUCUCUCAGCCAACAGCUUUACAGGUCAAAUCCCAAAAGAGCUAUUCCAUCUGACAUCUUUGAGACUACUGGACUUGGGGGAAAACCUUUUCUCUCCAGGAACCCUCCCUACAGAAGUCGGCCAACUUCAGCUGAUGGAAAAGUUGACUUUCGAUGAUGCUCAGCGCAUAGGGCCAAUACCAUCAGAGCUGGGACUCCUCACUCUUCUGGGGCGGCUAAAUAUGCGCGUCAACUCUUUUUCAGGCACUAUUCCAGAGGAACUAAUGGUGCUGCAGUGGUCUUUGCAUACAAUGAGUGUGGAAGAUAACCCCAUGCUCUCUGGAACUGUCCCCAAGGGCCUAUGCAACAUCAAUGGGACCUGCAUUCCAGAUGGCAUCAUAAGUUGCCAGGGAAAUGAUGGGCUGCAUGGGUCUAUCAGAUUUGACUGCACGAGCUUGCUCUGUGGUUGUAAUUGUGCAACCUGCAAUGAUGGCGAUAGUUGAGCUACAACUGUGACCACUCAACAGAGUAUAAGACACUGGAUCUCCGUUUCGUUCAAGUCCAUCGCUGUGUUUAAGCAAUAGCAAUAGCUAGAUACCGUACUCAGGGACUACUUGUUGAUUGCAAUCAGUAGCUUGUGCAUGGCUACCGUACCGGUGGCCUUGCUCAUCAUGUAGCCGAACAUUGAGUCGAAGCCUGUCGUUUGCCUUGGUUUGGAUUCCCUACUAGCUGGUCUAGCAUGCCGACCUGCAAAACAUUGACACGGCCACCGGACAGGCAUCUCCUUGUGCUUGGGCUUGCUUGGCGUCAACUGCUCCCACGACUCCUCAAAUUUUUGGCUGUUCGCUCUGCGCCCAUACUCCCACGGAACUGCAAAGUAAAACUCAC